GCCGUUGCUCCUCACGACGGCUUCGUAGUCACUGAAGACUGAUCGAAUGACAGUUUUUGCGCAGUGCUACGUUCUGUUUGCUGUCUUCCCUAUACGUGCAGCGCAGCCGCCAGUCAUGGCUCCUAUAUCAACAUGGCGGCACCAGCAUAGAAUUCCUCCCUCAACUUCCCCAACUUCCGCUUCUUGCGCUGCGGCCGUGGCUAACGUGGCCCUUUUGAUGGAGUCCAUCCACUCGCAGAGGCGCGGGCGGCUGGAUCCGAGGUGUCGUUGCUACCGUCACAUCGGCCGGAUUCUGCAUCAGUCCCAUUGAUGUGGCUCAAAUCAGCGGGACGAGCAGUAAAAUC